AUGACGGCACUAAUCUCUGGAUCCAAGUUGCAGUCGCAGUCGCAGCUGGAGAGGGAGUCGGCUUCUGAAUUUCAAGAAAUUACUUUCGAAGCAGCGAAGGGCGAGUUUCCAACUGAGGCCUGGGAUUCAAUCAUGGAAGUUCAUCAUCUUAUCAACCAGUCUUCAUCGGCAUCGGUUCGUUACGGGAAACACAGUAGCAAUCCCAUCUUGCCUGUGAUACGAAAGCGAGAGACCCAUGUGCCAGAUAUGUCUUGUGCUGAAGGUAUCUUCGGUGGUGCCUGGUGUGCUCGACUUGUCAAUCCCGCGUUCCCUGGGAUCCGGCCCGAUCGACGUGAAUAUAUUGUCUUGUGCGGAGCCGUUGGUUCUAAUAGAUUUUGCGAAGCUGACCAAGUCUGUGUCACUAUAGACGCUGCCGAUGGCCAUCCGCGUCAUCAAACAACAGUAGUGUGCGAGGACAUUCCAGAGAUCGAUGAUGUUGGCAGUGACGAAGAUGUGACAGUUUACACCGGGAGAACUCAUACCAAGGCGAGCGCUCGUCAGAUCGCAGGCACAAGUACGACGAAGGCGUCUAUCAAAUCCAACAAAGGACAAAAUGGUCGACACAGGGCGGUAGCUAUUACCGCUUUCAUUUUGACCGCUAACAAGCCUUUCGAAGCAAGCCAGCCUCGAUGGCUUGUGCAGCCCAAACUUCAGUCAAUCACAUGCGCGCUCGAGAAAACAGGAGAGAAGCUUUGCGAGACGGAUGUGAGCAGCUCAUCUAAGAAUCCUUACACCUGCGAGUCCACCAACAUUCACAUUAUUGAGGAAACCGCACAAAUUGACUGCUCGUUCAAGCUCGCCGCUACCCAAGUUGCUCUCUUCGUCUACGUUGUGGUCUGGCGCGACUCGAUUGCAAAGAGCAUCGUUGGCUAA